UUUUUUUUUUUUUUUUGAAUAAGGGUGUUGGGCUGGACUACCAUGGCGUCAGCGGUUAAUGGGGAGCUGAAAAGCUCAAAGAAGAGGAAGAAGAGCGAUUCAGAGUCUGCUCGUCGGUCGAUGAAGCGGAGAGCGGUCGAGGGAGGGAACGGGAAGGAUAAGUUGGAGAUCGAACACAUACAAGAGCUCGAGGACCAGAUUGCUGAAUCCCGGAAAUAUUACAACAAUAUCGUCACUUUGCUCUCGAAACUUGACGAUGCAAGCACGGAUAAGGCUGGAAGGAAGGCUCUUGCGGUUUCUCUUUGUCGGGUCUUUUGCCGGUUGCUGGCUGGUGGGCAAUUGAACCCUCCAAAGAGCGCAGCCGAGAAUGAGACUAUACUAGUCGCAUGGUUGAAGGAGAGAUAUCAGGAAUACAAGACAGCUUUGGUUGGGAUCUUGCGGGAUGGAGAGCCGUCUCAGCAGACUACCGCUCUAAGCUUGUGCAUGCAAUUGAUCAAAGAACAAGUCGCCCAUUAUACCGGAUCAGACAUCAAUGUAUGGUCCAGUGGCUACUUCAACGAUAUCCUGGCUGCCGUGGUCCAGCCAGGAAAUGACAAACUCAGGGCGCACUUCAUGGACAGCUUUUUCCAAAAGUAUCACGAUAUCACAGUCUACACCGUCCUCCGCCUUGCGUACGUUUUUUCCUACCAACUCACAACCAUCAAUUAUAUGCAACUAACACCUACAAAAACAGAACCUACCUAUCCGAACAGAGAGACGCAGAAACACUCGACAGCAUAGUCGACCUGCUCUCCAACAUCGGCGAGCCAACCGAUCUCCACGCCCGUUUCGAAACCACCUACACCGACACCUCGAAAAUUAGCCCAAAGAACAAAGGCCCCUUCACUUCCGAGAAUUCCUUCAAGAUCCGCGUACAAACAGCCUGGCUCGCUGUACUACGUAACCAAAUGACCAAAUCGCAACGCAAACACCUCCUCCGCAUAAUGUCGCAUGUCGUCGUACCCUGGUUCGCAAAACCAGAGCUCCUAAUGGACUUUCUAACAGACUGCUACAACGAAGGCGGGUCAACUUCCUUGCUCUCGCUAUCGGGGCUCUUCUACCUCAUCCAGGAGAAGAACCUAGACUACCCACAGUUCUACACGAAGCUAUACUCCCUACUAGACAGGGAUGUGCUGCACUCCAAACAUAGGUCUCGUUUCUUUAGGUUGAUGGAUACUUUCCUUGCUUCUUCGCAUCUUCCCGCCACGCUUGUAGCGAGCUUUAUCAAGCGGCUUUCGCGAUUGGCGCUUAAUGCGCCGCCUGCUGCGAUCGUGGCGAUUGUGCCCUGGAUAUAUAACAUGCUCAAAUCCCAUCCAACAUGCACGUUUAUGAUUCAUCGGGAUUUGAAGAAGCAUGAUCCAUCGCUGUAUGAGGAGAUAGAAAAAGAGGGUAUGGAUGAUCCGUUUGAUGCAUGUGAGCCCAAUCCAACGCUCACAAACGCUAUUGAGAGCAGUUUAUGGGAGAUUGAGACUUUGCAAUCUCAUUACCACCCGAAUACCGCGGCUUUGGCCAGGAUUAUAUCCGAGCAAUUCACUAAGCAGCAUUAUAACGUUGAGGACUUUCUAGAUCUUUCUUAUCAGGCUCUGCUAGGUACGGAGUUGGGGAAGGAGGAAAAGGCAUUUAAAAAGGCUCCUGUGGUGGAGUUUCAGAUCCCGAAGAGAAUAUUUACCGAUCGCGGACUAGAAGGAAGAGAAGAGGAUACGGAGCCUGGACAUAUGCUCCGAGAGUUGUGGGACUUUUAGUUAGAAAUGAUAAACAAUCAUUCAAUGCCAUUUUGAUUCUAUUACCGACACGUAUGUGGGUCAAGACAAAAAGAGCGUGUGUGACUAUUGCAUGAUAACAUUUACAAGGCAUUGUAGUGAAAAGUUGACAACAUAAUGCCGAAAGGCUAACAGAAAUCCAGCCCUUGAAACGAAUGCUCAUAUUGUUGUAAAAGCGAGCAAAUAUCCCAAGGUGCCUUGGGCCACUCACACCAUUCCCUCGGCGUUGUUCAUGGCAAAAGUUUCUGCUUGUGUAGCAUAAAGCGCCCACUGGCUCCUUGAAUUGUCCACUGCAAUAAUCUGCCUUAGACUGUCAGGAAGAGUAGCCAUGUUCAAAAGUCCCAUCUGCUGUCGGAGGCGCUCCUCGAUAGUCUCUUCAUUUUCUUCCAUUUGGUCCUCGCGUUCCUCACGUUCCUCACAUUCCUCUUCCUCGGGGUUAGGGUGGUAAUGGCCUGAUGGAUUCAGGCCAUAGACCUGCUUCUUUAACCGAUCAAACAUCUUGUCCUGUAUAUCCACGGGUGUAGACUCGAUGUCACAUCUAAGCCAUUCCAUGAGCUGAUUGGCCCGCACCCGCCUUUCACUGACGAUCCGAUGAAUACGGCACCUCAUACUUGCCAUCAAGUCUCGUACUUCAUCCUGGUGAGAGGCGGUCGUGAUGCACGCGUCAAUCUCAUUGAUGAUCUGGUAGACAUCCUGGGCGGCCUCCCUGAAGAUACGG